AUGACUCAAAGGGGACCUGGAUUCCUGGUCUUGGUUGAGGAGGAGAAGAUGGCCUUGUGUUCCCCAACCCCAAAUUCAGGUGGUUUCAGCCAAAGGUCAGAUCUCCAGAAGAAGGUCUUCAUUUUCCCGGCAACUUCUCCCAAGGCCGCCGUGCGCCUGAAUGUAAACCUUCAGAAGCCCCUGACCAAACUCUCCGUCUGCCUGAAACACCACUGCCCGCUCUUACGCCCUUAUUCCCUCUUCUCUUAUGCCACCCGGGCCCACGACAACGCUUUCCUGAUUUUUAAGGAAGACCACAGCGUCUAUUCGGUUAGCAUAGGCAACUCGGAUGUACGCUUCAAGAUCCCUACGGAAGUUAUUCCCAGUUGGGAGCACAUCUGCGUCUCCUGGAACUCCAGAAAUGGGCUGAUUUAUUUUUGGCUCAACGGCGUCCUUCUCCCCCGCUUGGGAACCAAAAGGGGUUACAAGAUCAGCCACCAGGCCUCCAUCUUCCUGGGGCAAGACCAGGAUACUUUCGGAGGGGGCUUCCAAGCCAGCCAAUCCUUCGUGGGUGACAUGGCAGAGGUCAACAUGUGGCCAAGGAUGUUGACCUCCGAUGACGUCAGGCUGCUGAUGAAAGAUGACACCGUGCCCGAUCCUAUAUUCAGCUGGAGCUCUUUUAAUUACACAAUUCAGGAUUAUGUGGUCCUUACGGAGGAAGUGCCUUAG